GUCUUCCUUUUGACAACCACCAUGGACUCUCAGAUACCCGCUAACGAAGACAUAGAAAUCGAGGAGGGAAUAUCUGACGACGAAGUUGAAUCUCCGGAUGCGACUCAGGCAAUGGAAAAUAUGGCGAUAUCCUUCCUGAAGCAGUUGGACCAAAUUUUCGAUUCAGACGACGACGAAAGCUCUUCAGAAGACGACUGCCCCAGGACGAAAAGUUCUAUCAUUAGGCUGCAGCUGGCAGAUAGGACCAAACAUACGCCACUCGGAACCACUGAUACGAAAUUCAUCUCUUAUCCACGAAAAUGUACCACCGGUAGUGCGCGGCCAUUUGCCCAGCUCUUCCGCGUCCUUGAUAGCAUGCAUGAAUCCGUUAUUAGCGGUGUUCCUGUAACCAAACGUGAUAUCUACUACAAGGACGUACCACUCUUGAAAACCCAGCGAGUCGUUGACAACCUUGUCGAUGACCUAGCAGCCACGUUCGACCUCGAAAGAUCUCAACUGAACGUCCGAGCCACGUCAAAGGGACUGAUAUGCGGAUCAUCCCUGACAUUCCAUUUCAACAGUGGAACCUCUCUGUGUCCUAGUGAUACUGAUGGAUCACUAAUACCUGUUGGCGAAGACAUCCGGACGUUCAGUCUGACAGAAGAAAUAUCAUGGGUCCUCAUUGUUGAGAAAGACGCUAUAUUUCAACAUCUCUGUCGUUUUCAGUUAACCAAUCACCCGUCUGUCCCGGGAAGGGGCUUACUGAUAACUGGUAAAGGGUACCCCGACAUGGCUACACGGCAUCUAGUCAAGACACUUUCAGACAACCUGCCUCCCAGUGUCCCCAUCAUGGCAUUAGUUGACAGUGACGCCUUUGGAAUCGACAUCUUAUCGGUUUACAAAUAUGGAAGCCGUGCUCUUCAGCACGAAAAUUAUAAGCUCGCUGCAGAACGUGUCAAAUGGCUUGGCCUGUGGUCGAGUGAACUAGCGACUCUGGGUAUCGACCGCGACGCCCUCAUCCCUAUCAGUAAACAUGAUGAGAAAAAGGCAUUCGAGAUGCUUCGCCGUCAGACAAAAAUACCGAAGAGAUGGAGAAAAGAACUCAUGCAUAUGCUUCACAGUCGUCGGAAAGCUGAAAUUGAGAUCCUCUACACCAGCCACCCAGUCGCCUCUCCUGCUUAUGCACCUCUCCCUGAUAUGACUUCCGACCACCCGAGCGAAACUACUGCUUCUGGCUGUUCGUUUUCUAAUCUGGCUUCAGACGAUCCUUCUCCCUGCUCAAGUCAAUCAACGAACUCACACCCGCCUCUUCUCCAAUAUUUGAUCACCAAGAUUACGAGCUUCGUAUCGUCUGCAAGGCAUCUGUAG